AUGCCCUACCGCACUAGCACUAUUUUUUCACAAGCAGUAGAGCUCACUUUAAAGUCGGUGAUAUGGUUUCUAGAGUUAAUUUAUGUUUUAUUGUUGAAUAUAUUUUUUGUAGCACCAGAUGAAGUCAAGCCUGAUAUUAUAGAAGCUGCUAAAAAUGGUGAUUUACACAGGGUGGUGGAAAUAUUAAAUACAGACAUUAACCAGAAGGACGCCAGUUCACCACAAGAUGGUGCCACUCCUCUGAUGUUUGCGGCCAUGACAGGGCGACUGGAUAUGGCGGAGUUGUUAUUAUCGUACGGUUGUGAUAUCAAUAAACAGGAUUCCGUCAGUGGGUGGACUGCUUUAAUGCAGGCUACAUAUCAUGGUAAAAAGAAUGUAGCUAUGUAUUUAUUAAGUAAAGAUGCUGAUGUCAAUAUUCAUGCUAAAAAUGGUUGUACUGCCUUCGAUAUGGCCUCUCUUAUUGAUGAUGUAGAUACUGAACUGGUUCGUCUCCUGGCAGCUAAAGCUAUGCAGAUAAAUCGAGUUGAUAAAACCAGGAAAACAUACGUUAGGCCUCCAGGGAGCUCCAAUGUCUUCAUAGCCACUGAUUAUGUGUUUGAAGAUCCUCCACAAACAGGUUUAAAGGGCUGGUGGAAUCGAAUGUCUAAUAGAUUUCGAAAUUUAAAACUUGGUCGAACAUUGAGUAACUCUAAAUUAUCUCCCUUACCAUUAUCAACGUCUGUUUCUGUUCAGGAUUUAUCAACAACUUCCACUCUUCCUAAACAAAAGAUACCAAUGACACCUCAGACAGCACGAGUUGAAAAUAAACGCAGACGUCAAGAUAAAAUAAAUAUCACGAGCUACGAAGAUUUACUUAGUGAAACUAUGAAAACACACAUCAUGUAUACAUUGAAUAUCAACCCAGCACAUUCCAAGAUACCAAGUGAAACGUUAAAACCAGUUAUCCCCCCUUUUUUACCGCCUCCAUCAUUUUCGAUUGAUUCGUCAGAAUACUCGCGACGUAAUGAUCAAUGGCAGUCUCCCAAAUCUACUGAUAAUACUCAACCUAUGACUCCAGCCAGAAGACCGUUUUACCCGGCCAGAUUUGUGGGAGAGCGAAGUACAGGUAACCAUGGCAACACUAAUAGUACUACUACUAACACUAGUCCGAUGUCAUCAGGUGGCGCUAGUAGUAUACCUGGUGUUAACAAACCGUCCAAUAAUAACUCUACUAAUGGUAACACUGUCGUCAUAACCAAAGAUUACCAGCCGAGUCCAAUGUACAGUCCAAACCCUCAGCUGCCGUCCACUCCGGGUGCCAUACGAUACAUGCAACACUCUACUCCCUCCAGACUUUUCCAUCCCAGAAGAAAACCGACAGUGGUACCUGCUGGUUUUAAGAACACCUCGACAACGACCUCUCCUAACAGUUCAACUAGUGGCAGUUCCUCGAUAACGCCCCAACAGCAAAACUCUCGUAAAAAAUCAUCCUCUUCUAAAGAUAGUACAACUUCUACAUUAACCCCUUCAGCUUCACCUACUCCUGGCAAGAUGAACGAAGAUAUAUCAACGGCUUUAGAAGCUUUAAAAGAAAAUGACUCAGGAGAUGUGGAAUUAUCAGGAAUAUUGAAGAAGCUAUCAUUAGAACAAUACCAACCAAUAUUUGAACAAGAGGAAGUAGACAUGGAAGCGUUUUUAACGUUGACUGAAACUGACCUAGAAGAACUGGGAAUUUCUCAAACUAACUCACGGAAACAAAUACUCACUGCUAUAACAGAGCUGAAUACUGGCAAGGGAAAAGAACGUCAACAAUUUCACGAUACCAUGACCUCAUUUCAAUCAACUUUAAAAUCUAAGAUACCUCCAACAGGUAGUGAAAAUCCAGACCUAACCAACUGGGCGAUACAGGAAGAUAAUGAUCCUCAUAUACCCAGCGCCAAGUCUCGCUCUUCAUAACAACACCGUAUAUCAUGACAUAACCGAACAGAUUUACUGCUCUACUGAGACAACAGUGCCAACAUUUCUCAAAAUUUCUGUUUUCCUACACUAAAUUUCAAAAGAAAGAAGGAUAACUACUUUGCAUUGAUCUUUAUGGGAAUUUCCAUACCCAUUUACAGCGUGGUCUUUUGG